GUUGAUGUGGAACGGACCCUGAAAUCCAAGACCAGGGACAUCAAAUGUCGAGUAGUAUCCACAGGACAUCAAUCUGCGGGGGUCCUCCAGGACCCUGAACAUUUUCAGGUGGCCGACACGAAGACAAGAGUGCCUAGGCCGACCAUGCACUGUAAAAGACGGAGUCGAUCGAUCGUUGCCAAGUACGGUGGCGGCAGCCCACAUGCCCGCCACCAGGGGCAG